UUCCUUUCUUAAAAGCUGCUGCUAGGGCUUAAAGAGGUGGGAGAGAGGAGGGCCUGGGGCCCUGGAAGGUGCCUGGUGGUGACCUUUUAGGUCUAGUUGAGGAGGGAUGAGGGUUCUGACUCCGAUUGGUAGGCUUUGGCAGCUUAUUUUGUUUUGUUUGUUGUUGUUUUCCUGGUAGCACAAGCAUCCUGAAUCAGGGGACGUGGGGCUGCUUUGAGAAGAUUACUGAACACGAACCCUCCCUUGUUGAAGGCUACUGUCACCUGUUCUUUCAGGGAAUUUAUCCACUUCUGAAAAAUCGAAGGAGAGUGGUGUGGAAGCAGGCGACAGUUUGCCAGAGGUUUGGGGCAGAGGUAUAGGUUUUGAAUGGGUAACGAGGGCAAAUAGUUUUUGUGGAACUUCUUCCUUUUUCUGGAUGGAGGUGACUGGUAAUGAGUUCUUAAUACCAGCCCUCCGAACUAAGUUGAUUGCUUGCUUGUUAAUAAUCUGAUUUAGCACGUGAGGAAACUCAUAGUUUCCUAAAGCCACAAAAAUCCAUCAGUUGCACCUGUGUUACCACUUAAGCAAUGUGUUCAAGAUUAGGAACCAAGCUGUGUGAAGCUCUGAAUUGAAGAAGGAUGAGGUGGUUUUUUGCAAGUGAAAUACCAUCACAGGAUUUUCAUGUCGCUGUCCUUCUUCCAGAAAUUGGCAUUACAGAAAUAGAGUAGUUUGAUAUCUUGCUAUUGAAUGAAACUUGGCAAAAUAACAAAAUUGGGUCAUAGAAAUUCUCUGAUAGCUCAUAUUGAAACUAUUUUCAUUCAUUAAUUUGUAAGUCUGAAAUAUAGAAAGACAUUUGGUGAGAGGAUUAAAUUAUGUAAACUGUACUAAGAAUAUUGGUAACAUAUUUGGUGCUGAACUGGCCAAGAUAAACCAAGAAUAAAAUGUGAACCUUUGUGGAGGUGCAGAAAUAGGUCAUUUCAUGAACAGAGUAGAUGACUAAAAGGCCCAGUUUAAAGGAUAUAAUUUAUAGAAGUGUAGUUGUGUUAGAUGAUUUUUAUUAAAGCACCAUCAUAAAAGAGCACUGGAUUAUGAGUCAGAAGAUCAAUUUCCAAUCCCAGUUCUGCCUUUUAAGAAACAUUUAAUUACCCAUCUCUAGGCUUCAGUUUUCACAUCUGUACAAUGAGGGAAGUUGACAAGCGAUCUCUAAGGUUUCUUUCAAUUCUGAAGAUCUCCCUGAGUUUCUGUGUUCCCAAACUCUACCUCCCAGACAUACACAAGGGAUGAUGAAGAUGCUGGGAGCUGAAAAAGAGAAAAGUUGGUACAGGAUUCCCUGACGGUUUCUCUGGAGUAAAUUGAGGUUAUGUUUUUGACAACACCACCAUAUAAGUAUGCUGUACUCGUCCCAGUUCAUCAUUUCAGAAGAACACCUAUUUAACUUGAAGUUUGCUGCAAAGGAACUUAAUAGGAAUGCCAAGAAAUGUGAUAAAGAAGAAAAUGCUGAAAAGGCCAAGAUUAAAAAGGCCAUUCAGAAAGGCAAUACAGAAGUUGCAAGAAUACAUGCUGAAAAUGCAAUCCGCCAGAAGAAUCAAACAAUUAAUUUCUUGAGAAUGAGUGCUAGGGUUGAUGCUGUGGCAGCCAGAGUUCAAACUGCAGUUACAAUGGGCAAGGUAACCAAGUCCAUGGCAGAUGUAGUUAAGUCUAUGGAUGCUACAUUGAGGAGUAUGAACCUUGAAAAGAUUUCUGCCCUGAUGGACAAAUUUGAACAGCAGUUUGAAACACUGGAUGUUCAAGCGCAACAAAUGGAAGACACAAUGAGUAGUACUACAACCCUAACAACACCACAAAACCAGGUGGAUAUGCUGCUUCAAGAAAUGGCAGAUGAAGCUGGCCUUGAUCUCAGUAUGGAACUACCACAAGGUCAAACAGGUUCUUUUGGCACAGGUGUUACUUCCAUGGAACAGGAUGAACUAUCACAGAGACUUGCUCGUCUGCGUGAUCAAGUGUAAUUUAAAGAACUGGCGCUUUUGUUUACUUCACUGGCUUCUGAAAUAUUUUGUGUGUAUGUAUAGAUAAGUUUCACUCCAAUUACAAUAAGAAUGCCAUACAUUACAGAAUGCUUAACACUAUUUGUAUAUAAUGCUUUCUUUUACCUUGCUGUACUUUCCAGCACUUUAAUUCCAGAGAGUUUCCACCUUGACAGAUUUUACAGUUUUGUAUAUUAUGUUGAAAAGUGCAAGAGACGGGUUUUUGUAGGUGUCUUAGACUGAGCUAGCAUUAACUUGUUGUAUAUGAAAUAUCUUUCUCAAAAAUUACAUUAAAAAAUCUAGGACCAAAGUACUACAGAAUAAAGUACUUUAUACAGAAUAAAGUAUAGAAUAAAAGUUUUGGUUUCUUUUUAA